AAUUUAAAGAUUGUUUGUACCUGAAAAAUGUAAUUAAACAUUUAAUGUUAAAUAACUCAGUUUUAAUUGUUUUCUUUAUAAAAUGCGUGGAUGCUACUCAACUGUGUGUCAUACGGAAAUGCUCUGAUUUGUGAUUUAGAUAUUUAAGACGUUUAGGUUAUAAAACGAAUCAACUCCAAAAAACCGGUUCAUUAUGGAUUUCUCGGAGGAAUUCAAUAAGUUCAUUACUUCUUCGAAGAGCAAUAAGGUCACGGAUAAAAAGGCUGCUGUGGAAAUUAUGCUCAGUUUAUACGGCAAUACCGAUGCUGUUCGAAACAUUAGCACUAAUACUUUAGAAAAGGUACCUGAUAGCGUUACGUGGGAUCUGAUUAUAAAUACAGCACAUCAAAUAAUAUUAGACGACAAAAUUGGAAAGGCAGCAGCUAACAAGACAAUGGUUUGCAAUUUUGUUGAGCAAACCUUUGAAAAUGCAAAGGUGAUGUUCACUCGACCAGAUUUCGCGCCCGUAAUUUUUGAAAUAUUAGAAAAUGAUACGUACGCUUUUUACCAAAAUAUGUAUAUAAGAGCACUGCGUGUUUAUAUACUUCCUGUAUUUGCGUACCGACUUCGAUUCUCUGCGGAAUGCUGGCAGCAACUGCUUAAAGUUUGCGUCAAUCUAUAUUCACACCAAACGACAUCUAAAGACAAGAGCAAUUUGAUCAAAACAAUGCAAUCGAUUGUGGAAUACGGAUGCUUGGAAUCGCAUCUCAUUCUAAUUUUGAAGAAGUUUCUACCAGUUUUAGAAAGCAUCUUUAAACACGUCAGGUCAGAUCAAGUAGUAGCCGAAUCUGCAUUUCAACUCGCAACAAGUGUUUGUCGACAAAUCGCAGUAGAGAGUCGUUUCGCACUAUGCGAUUUUGGUGAAACUAUUUUGUCCGAGAUUAUUUUUUUAAGCGGACGUACAGAAAAAUAUCGAUUAUUUCAAAUCCUAGUUCAAGCUCACCAUCCUAAGGGAAUAACUCUAACAGAGUUCGCUUUUUACGCUCAAAACAAGGAAGAGUGGAAAGACAUACUACUAAACAUGUUUUCCAUGAUAGUCAAAGAGUGCCGACCAGAAAUUUUGUCUCAGUCUUUCAUAGAUUUCGCAUCAGCAGUUUUCAGACAAAUAAGCAAACUACCCAGUGAUCACCAGACUUUAAUUUUAAAAUCAGAAUACGAAGACGAAUUCUCGCAGCCUAUAAAAAAGAGACGCCUUAGCGUAAAAUGUGGAGUUCUGGUAAACACGAUAAACGAAAAUGAACUCAAACUAGCCUGGCCCAUAAUCCAGAUACUAGCAAAUCUACUCAAAAAUCACCCAGACAGUUUAGAAGCUGACGAAUUCAUGGAACUCGUCCGUGUCGUGAAAUUCCUCUUUUCAAAAUUAUCGGAACACAAAGUCGCCACGGGAAGCUUGUGCCAAUUGGCUUUGGAAAUUAUACCAAUUCAAGAUAAGUUUAGCACUCUGGGCCAAAACUUGGAAGACAAAAACUUCGGAAGCGAGAUUUUAAAUUCACUUUUGAGACAUUUACACGCCGUAGAAGACAACAACUUGGGCCAUUGUUUGAUCCAGUCCCUUAUCGAGCACGGACAAAUUUCGAAUUUUGAUGUCAUCCUCAGAGCUUAUGUUACGGGAGCAAUGAAAUGGACUUCCAGUAGUGUUCGAACUUUGCUUCUACUCUGCAGACAUGCGACCUUGCCAGAAAAAAUAGUCCAAGUAGACGAAACCGUUUCAUCCGAACCUCUCAAAAUCAAACUUCUCAAAUGGGCUUUGAACAUUCCCUGGCAAUCUAACUUCCCGCAAUUCCCCGUAGAUGAUUUGACCGAGAUUAUCUCCAAUUUUCCGCUCAGAUUUUGGUGCAAGGACUUUUCAAACUUAACUAACACCUCCAGAUUUUUAUUCAGUAAAGGACGCAACCUUCGAAUUCGAGAAGAAGCCAGCAUUCUUGAUGAUAUUAAACCAAUGACUCAUUCCGAUAUCGACAAGUGUCACUUGGCCAUAGAUUUUGAAAUCGACUUAUUCUCUGACCUUAAGAUGGAAACCGCUGAGAAAUUCGAGUCAAAACAAAUCAAUACAGCUUAUCGAAGAUCGGAUCUCGAGUUCCUAGUUUCCGAACUUAGCAAAUCAUUACAAGUAGACAUAAGAUUUGGGAAUGUCUCUACCAUGAUGAUGAAAAACAUAAUUGUGGCGAGAGCUCUUUCGGGAUUGAAAGAAUUAUGCCUUGGAGACGAAGUCGAUUUUCAUUCUCUUUAUAAUGCCCUUUCUAAUUCACUCGAGAAGGUUUUCACUUUUCUCGCAGAAGUGGACUUUUCAAGGCAAAGAUUGACUGAUUUGGAACUGGUUUUAAAUUCACUGAGUCUAUUUUUCCAAGCUUCUUACCACGAUACUAUUACUGACUGUAUCUUAUCAAGUGUUUCUCAAACUUCUCUGCUCAAUCUCUAUAAUAUUUUAGCGCUCGAAAGUGAUUCAAAUGCGGAAACUGCACUUUAUGUCUGCCCUAAUCUAGAAGAUGAGGUCAAAUUGGAUUACCAAAAUCACCCUCCAUCAGAACUUUCAAGAACGGAGAUUCUGAGACUACAAACCACGAGGGCGUUGAAAAAUUACUGUUGUUUGACAUCUGAUUCUACCAUGACAGGCAUCCAGGAGCAACUCAUCAUUAGCUUAAUUCAAAGUAACUUUGCUGAUAUUACCACCAGCUGUGAUAUCAAAAUUGCCACACUACUUUUAGAAACAGUAAACCAGGAAAUCGUUUUGAGCGAACAAGUUUUUGAGAAUUUGGUUGGUCUUUUGGUUCUUCUAUCGAUAGAAUUCCAGAAGCAUCAAAAAAUUGUUCGCUAUGUUCUGAGAAUUCUCCCUGAUUAUUUUAAACACUCGGCGAAACUCGGAUUUGCAGAGAAGCUUUUGAAAAUUCUACUUGAUAUAGAUAGGAACAUCGAUAGGAAAAUUCACGGACCUUUGGUGCAUCUUGAAUUUGUUCAAUGUCUUUCUGCAUUGAUUUCCGUCUAUCCAAAUUUGACUUACAUGGUAGAUAAGAAGCCUCAAAGUGUUUUACUAUUGAUUUUGCGGUACGUUAGUAAUCCAUUCUUGAUCGUUAGAUUAGAGAUAGCUAGAAGCAUCUAUACUCUAUUUUCCAAAAAGGAAAUCAGCUUCGAGAAGAAACAGAGCUUCUACAACAAUCUAAUGAUAAAGAUGAAAUCGCUCAAGGAGGAAGAAGCCGAAAAAACAGACGAAAAAGCAGCAAAACUCGCAAGUUUUCUCUACAUAAUCGGAGCCGUGAUAAGCAGUGAUAGUAUUUUUCAAAACCAAGCUCUCUUUAAUCUUCUUCAGUUUUCAACGUCAGAGAAAAUCCCUAUAAAGAUAAUCCAAAAAGUCCUAAAAAUCUUUGGCUCUUCCCUAGAAGAUAAUUUGGAUUAUCUUCUGAUUCACUGGUGCGCUAAAGAAUCGUUCGACUCCUUUCCAUGGAGUCUAAUUGGGUCUUUGGAUGAUUUCUUCAUCGGGCAUAUGCAUAUUCCGAUUUUGAGAAAAAACAAAACCAUUUCAGAGGCUCUGGACCUUUGCAAAAAAGUGGGUCGUUCUUUUGAAGAGAGUUUCAAGAAUUCUUUCCCUAAAAUCGUUUCUUGGUUGCUGUUUUACAUCUCCAAGGGAGAAAACUGGGCGAUAGAUAUGUUCGAGAAUCUGAAAAAUAAUAGAGGAGAAUUUCAGUUGGUGAGACGGUUCGAAGAGCUGAUAAACGAGACUUUGGAUCUCGUAGUUGUGAAUUUGAUUACGGGACUUGAUGACGAGGAUCAUUUUUCGCAGCUUUUUGGAGUUAACAUUCUGAUACCAGAGUCUAUUCCAGUAAGAUUGAAAAUUGAUGAACUUGAUAAGUGUAUCCAGAUCUUGGAAGAAGUAUUAAAAGAAUCGUUUAUCCCAUUUUUGGUCGGAAAGCAAAAAAAUCUUCUGCAGAAGAUCUUGUUGAGUUUGACUUCUAACAUUUACGAAAACGAUCAAGCAAAAAAGAAGUCCCCAGAGCACAAACUCAAAGCUUUUCAUCACUACGUUUACUUUUGCACUCUUCUGAUGCGAAAACUAAAGAACGACUACUUCGAUGUCAUGUGGAUUUUUGUGGUGAGAGAUAUUUGCUACACUUUGUUGCAUUUAAUAAAGGGCGGAUCAGACAAUACCCCGAGUAAUCAAACCGAUCUAUCAGAAUUAGCUUGCAAAUUCCUAGACGAGUUUCUACGUCAGAUCCUGCCAGAAAGAUCUGCAGCAGUAAAAGAAAUUUUCGUCCUCAUCGUCAGAACGUUAACUCCUCUCGCUUCUCUCGAUGAUUCUUCAAUCGCUCUUCAAACACUCAAAUUUCUGAUUGUCGAUCAAAAGGAAGUUUUCAGUGAUGUGAUCCAAAAACUGAACUCCUUUCCUCAAAGUUUUCCAUUUAAUGAGCUCAGGGCUGUUUAUGAAAGCCUCAAAGUGAAAUACACCCUCGAAAGUGAAAUCGAACACUUCUUAACUGUUACAGACGAGAUCAAUUUGCCAAGCAAUGCGAGUAGUCUUCUUCUUUUAAAGGGGAAACUGUCAGAAAAGAAAGAAGAGUUGAAUGAUAUGUACAGAAAACUGGAAAAUCUGAGAGGUUUUGCUGAGGAUUGUGUAUCAAGUCUUCUUCAUCAGUUGAUUCACAGACUCGUGAAGUUGACAGAGUCCUCGGAUCCGAUAGUUUCUGAAGAAGCUGCUAAAUGUUUAGGAAUUCUAGGACCUGGAGAUUUGACGACGAUGAUCUUGCAUCCGGAAAAAGCGGAAAUAAAGGAAGCGACUGAUGGAAUUGAAAUGCUGACAUACAAGAUAUUGAUUCUACUCUCGAAUUAUAUAAUCGAAAAGGAUAUCAAGUUGAGGAAAGCGAGUUCUGAUGCACUUUAUGCUGUGCUGUCUUCACCUUGGGGGCAGAAGCUCAUAAAUCUAAAAUAUUUAAACGACUUUGAGAAGAUACUUGAUGCGAAGGAAGCAAGACUUUGUUUGGAUCGGAUUCGGCCUUUUGUGAUAAAAAAUAGAAUUGUUAAUAUGAAAAUCGGUAUUGACAGAUCGAAGUUUGCGAAGAUUAUUGACUCUGAAAAUUCCCUUUGGAAGGAUCAAUCAAAUUGUCCGUAUUUUGAAUGGAUCACGGGAUUCGUCUGUAAAAUUUCGGAGAGUUUUUGUAAUUUCUAUCUUGAGAGUCUGAUACCGAUUUUGAAAAGCAAUUUACAGUUUUGUGAAGAGAUCAUUUCCAGGAUUAUUAACAUUAUGAUUCGAUUGGAUAGUUCGAUUGCUUCUGAUCUCUGCGAUGGUAUUAAUCGAUUCUUUCGAUAUAAUUGUGGGACAAGAGAUGAAGGUUUCCAGAAAAGUGGAACUCGUAAUCAAGAUUCCGUAAGAUGCAUGUUAAACAUUGUGAAUUUUUUGAGGAUUCAGGACGAUGAAGGUGUUGAACUGAGAUUAGAUUAUCUUCCGAUUGCGAAAGCUGCUCAGUUUUGUUCUGCGUAUUUUACUUCUGUAUUGUACGUGGAAUUAUGGUGUGAAACUUUUUUAAAUAGAAUAAGGGAUAUUGGACGUACUUUGAUUAUUGAUCGAAUUUAUAAUGAGGAUCCGAUUCAAGGAAAAAUUGUCAAGGACAUUUUGAGAGAGGCAAGUAUUCAAAUUGGAGAUCCGGAUGCAGUUUAUGGAUGUGGGACUGCACAUUUGAAAGAUCGAGAAGCUAGAUUACAGUAUUUUGCGGAUUUAAAACAAUGGGAUCAGAUGCUUAUUUUGCAGGAUUCGAAACUGAGGGAUGGAAAUGAUUCGGUAAUGGGUAUGUUAAGUGCCCUCAAAAACUCCGGAUAUCAAUUCCUUCUGAGUAAUUUCAUGAAAAACAUCGAUAAAACCAAAGAAUCUUUAGAAAUUGAAGAUUUUCAAUAUGAAUCUGCAUGGCGUCUCGCAGAUUGGAAUAUUUUAUCUUCCCAGCAAAACACAGAAACCGCUGAAAACACAUGUAACGAUUUGCUUCAUGCAGAAAAAGAAAGUUACUCCUAUCAUCAUUAUAAGUGCUUGAAAUCUUUCAACGAAGACGAUCUUGUAGUUUUAAAAUCUGCUCUCGAUUCUGCUCGAUCUUCCAUCAUUAAGGAUCUUCGGAACAUCAGUUUAGAGAGUUGCAAAGCGGUGUAUCCAAGUUUGUCAAAACUCCAAAUGCUUCGAGAAAUUGAAGAAUUGAGUUCAGUAGAACCAAAUCAGUAUAAAAAAAUCCUUUCAGACUGGAAAUCUCAGGAUUAUAUCCGCACUAGUGAAUUUCAAUACGUUGAGCCGCUUUUGUGGCAAAGAAGCAUCAUGUGUAAAAUUAAAGAUUCAUUUAAGAAUGAUAAUGUAUUAAGAGAGGGUCUCAUAGAUUUUUAUUUAGAAAUUGCCCAGAUUGCUGCGCAGCAAGGAUAUUUUAAAGAAGCCUUUCGAGCAUUAGGAACAUUAGCAAAACAAGAGGGACUUUCUCCUGAAAUUCGAAACCAGUUACACUAUCAAGAAUCAUUGCUAGCCUGGAUGAGUAAUGACGAAGGUUUAGCUCGUUCUCUACUGAGAAAUCUAAUAAACCGAACAUCCAACAAUCCUCGUCUUCACGCAGAAUCUCUGAGUGUCUUCGGAAAUUGGAUGGCUGAAACCCAGUCUGGAAAUCGUCACACAAUCUUACGAAAAUACUAUCUUGAAUCUAUCCAAACCUCUCUAUCAAUCGACGAGCCAACUUCGCAGGAUUUAAAAAACCUUAACAACACUCAAGCGGCUCUGGCUCGAUUUGCAGACGUUCAUUAUCGACAAUUGAAGGAUUAUAUGCAAUCGCCUGAAUUUGCGAGUGUGAAAACAGUGGCGCAGUUAUCCUUGGAUUCACAUAAAGCAGACAUGAAUUCUAAAGACGUUGGCGUGAGAGCUGCAGCGAGUAAAAAUAAAAGGCAGACUUUUAUCGACGCUGCUGUACUCCAGGAAACUGAGAGAGAAAAGAAUUAUUAUCUUCUCAUGGCUCUGGAAUAUUACGUGAAAACAUUACAGCAAAGCGAAGAGCACAAUUUCCUGAUAUUCAGAAUCGUUUCUCUGUGGCUAGACAAUAUGUUUGUUCCACAACUGAAUGAAGUUUUGAACCGAUAUUUACCGAAUGUUGCCUCCUAUAAAUUCAUUAAAAUGCUGCCACAAUUAGCUGCACACAUGAGCGAUGAGGACGAUGAAUUUUCAUCAAAAAUUAAUCACAUUUUGGAAAGAUGUGCCCUCGAUCAUCCAUUUCACGCUUUGCCCGUACUUCUGUCCUUAAAACAUUUGUACGAUGACUCUAAAUUUAAUCCUAAGGGUCCCAAGCAUACCAAGCCGGAAUCAAGAGUCGUCGGAGCGACGAAACUGAUUUCGAAACUUUCCAAAACGAAAAUUAAUCCCAUCGUACGAGAAAUGGGCCAAUUGCAACUUGCUUUGGUCCAGUUGGCCUAUUUACAAAUUCCAAACGGAUCACAAAAACAUAACAUUCCAAAGAAUCAAGAGAUCCUAAAGAUAAAAAAUUUCCAAAACACGAUUGUGCCAACAAUAAACUUGGAUGUGCGUCCAAAUAAAAAUUAUGAGGAUGUCGUAGGUGUUAGUAAAUACAUGCCAGUAUUUGAAGCUGUUGGUGGAAUUAAUGCACCGAAAAAAAUCGUUUGCGUAGGUACUGAUGGAAUAUCUCGAAAGCAGUUAGUCAAGGGGAAAGACGAUCUUAGACAAGACGCUGUCAUGCAGCAAGUAUUUUCUGUUAUGAAUUUAUUGUUGAAAGCAAGCAAGGAAACAAAGCAAAGAAAAUUGCACAUCAGAACUUACAAGGUGGUACCUUUGACACAAAGAUCAGGGGUAUUAGAGUGGUGUGAAAAUACUUUACCAAUAUCAUUGAUCCUACUUGGUGAUGGAAAAAAACCAGGAAUACACAAAAAGUAUUAUCCAAAUGAUUACGAUACACAUAAGUGCAGAAAAAUGUUGGAAGUAGCGUCGAAGAAACCCAAUGACGUAAAAUUAAAAACGUACAUGGAAUGCUGUAAAAAUUUCCAUCCCGCCUUUCAUCACUUCUUUACAGAAAAUUACUCGUCGCCCGAAACUUGGUUUGAGAGAAGAUUAGCCUACACUCGGAGUGUUGCUGUGACGUCCAUCGUUGGUUACAUUCUUGGAAUUGGUGAUCGACAUUUAUUAAAUAUUCUUCUCGACCAGACAACGGCAGAAGUUAUUCACAUUGAUUUUGGAAUUGCAUUCGAGCAAGGAAAAAUAUUACCUGUGCCAGAAUUGAUUCCAUUUCGACUAACCAGAGAUAUUGAAGUGGCGAUGGGCGUUUCUGGAGUUGAAGGCGUGAUGAGACGAUGUUGCGAACAAACUAUGAAAGUUCUGAGAGAACAGAAAGAAGUUAUCGUUACACUUCUUCAGGUUCUUCUUUACGAUCCCUUAUUUAUUUGGGCGAUAACGCCUUCUAGCCUGCGGCCCAAUAGCGAUUCGGACCAGAUUAUGGACAGUGAUUCGGAAAAGAACAAAGUCGCAGAGAGGGCUUUGGUGCGAGUUCAGCAGAAGCUAAGUGGCUUAGAAGAAGCUCUCCCAUCCAGUAUACAAGGACAGGUGGAAAGGCUGAUUCAGCAGGCGCGAGAUCCCGCUUUAUUAAGUCGAAUUUAUUACGGGUGGCAAGCUUUUCUUUAAUUCCUACCCAGUUAUUCCGGAAGUAUUUUAUUUAUGAAGAGCAUUAUCAACAUUUUUCGAUAUGUUAAAGAUACAUAUGUAUUAUAUUACCAUUAUGAAUGUUACUUUUGAUAUUUUUGUAAUCUCUCUUUCGUUUUUUUCUACGUUGUUCAUUAAAGUAUGAGUUUCC